UAAUUACAAGAUAGGUAUUGAACUUGUUAUUCAUAUGUUGACAUGACACAUAUCAACUCUUUAUUUAUAAUUAAAAUAGUACUGUAGAUUAAAUAUUUGACAUUGGAAUUAUACAUAUAUGACAUUUGAGUUACCAAUGACACCAUAGUGAAAACCAAAGAUGGGGAAAACACAGAGUGUCCUUGAGAAGAAAGGAUACACUAUCCAGAAGGAGAUAGAGCAUGGUGUCAUAGCUACUGACAAAGAUGGUGACCAGUUUGUCAUUAAAGAGAUCAAACUGAAUGAGACAUCAGACUUGAGCUCUAGUGAUGGAGACAUAUUCUCUGAGGUUGAAAACCUCCUGCAGAUAACUCACCCCCAUAUUGUAAGCCACAAUAACUAUUUUCAAGAUGAUAAAAGUUACUAUGUAGUGAUGGACCAUUGUGAGGGUGGAAAUCUCGCACAAAAGAUCAAAGAUGGGAAGGAGACUGGGAACCCAUUCUUAGAAGAACAGAUCAUGGACUGGCUUGUUGAGAUCUGCAUGGCACUGAAGCAUUUACACAGCCAGGGCCUUCUUCACAGAGACCUGAGACCCCAGAAUAUAUUUCUCACAAAAUUUGGGACACUUUGUUUGGGAGAUUUCGGAAGAGUCAAUGAAAAUGCUACCAGUUCUUCAGAGGAUGGAGAAGUGGCUUAUUUAGGCCCAGAGAUUCUGUCAGGGGGAAUUUAUGAAACCAAAAGGUAA